GUCUCUGUUUAUUCCUAGAAUGCAGUCCCAACAGUACCUGCAGCAGCGUCGAAAAUUUGCAGCUGUCUUCCUGGCAUUCAUUUUCAUUCUGGCAGCUGUGGGCACUGCUGAAGCGGGCAAGAAAGAGAAACCGGAAAAAAAAGUGAAGAAGUCUGACUGUGGAGAAUGGCAGUGGAGUGUGUGCGUGCCCACCAGCGGGGACUGUGGGCUGGGCACCCGGGAGGGCACCCGGACCGGAGCCGAGUGUAAGCAGACCAUGAAGACCCAGAGAUGUAAGAUCCCCUGCAACUGGAAAAAGCAGUUUGGAGCGGAGUGCAAAUACCAGUUCCAGGCCUGGGGAGAAUGUGACCUGAAUACCGCCUUGAAGACCCGAACUGGAAGUCUGAAGCGAGCCCUCCACAAUGCCGACUGCCAGAAGACGGUCACCAUCUCCAAGCCCUGUGGCAAGCUGACUAAGCCCAAACCUCAAGCAGAAUCUAAGAAGAAGAAAAAGGAAGGCAAGAAACAGGAGAAGAUGCUGGACUAAUAGACCCAUCUUCUGUGGAACAUGAAAAGGACAUCCGCGAACAGGAUCAGUUAACUAUUGCAUUUAUACCUAUGUAGGCUUUUUAUUCAAAAAUUAUAGCUUAGAUACACAAUAGGCAGAAACAAAGAAAAGAAACAUUUUGUAGUAGCAUUUUGUAAAAUGUAUACCAUAGUACCACUAGGGGCUUAUAAUAAAGGACUGUAAUCCUAUUUAGAAAGUUGACUUAUAGUACACGAUAAAUGGUAGAAAAUUGAGGUAAGUUUUUUGAAGUUAUGUGAUAUUUUACAUUUAAAAUCUUUUUUUUUUACAUGUUUUUCUUUUGGCAGCAAUUUACGUGUUGUGACCAUGUAAACUACUUUUCUUGUUAGAUAAAUUUUUCACCUAGACUUUUUUUUCCCAAUUGAGAAAAAUAUAUACUAAACAAAGCAGCAAUAAAAUAUAAUCAUCCUAUACUGA